GCAGCGUGCGUGCAGGCGGCUUCUCUUUAUAUGGUGUCGCUUCCUUCCUGGAAGCUUCAGAUGCAUCAGAGGAGAGGAGAGGAGAGGAGAGCAAACCUCCCAGCUUCACCCCCAGCUGCUGCGCUGUGCGCCAAACCCACAGUUGCCUGACCCUGUUUGCGCCCCCCGCGGCCCCACAGGCGCACUCAGUUCAAACAUGUGAAGGUAAAAAUCGUGAUUCGCUGGAUGCACUGGGAUUUUGUUCAUUUAUUUAUUUUAUUUUUUAUUUUUUACCUUCCCGUUAUCUCGUGGUUUCUCCUUUUUGCCUGCCGCCGAUCAGUUUGUGGAAUGCUCUGCAUUUUCUUCUCUGGGUACGUUUCCACUUCAGGAUGGGAACUGCGGUGUCCAAAAGGAAGAACCUGAGGAGUGACGCGAUUUCUUCCGUGGCCGCAAAAGUUCGAGCAGCCAGAGCAUUUGGAGAAUAUCUGUCCAACACAAACCCAGAGAACCGCAACGGAGCAGAUCAUCUUCUGUCUGAAACUUUCCCCGGUCAGGACUGUGACUCUCCGGACGUCGGCCGUUUGCAUAACAACAAUCUGCCGCCGCGAAGCAACACGUUGCCUAUAACUAAACCCAGUCGAUCCCACCAGCCCCAUCCCAGGACAAAUCUGCAGUCGCCCCCUCAGGUUGACACCCUCAAGGCUCAAGGACCCUCGGGCCCCUCAAAACGUAGACUAUCUGUCGAGCGAAGCCUCUCCUCAGAGGACCCACCAAGUGCCAGAGGCUCCGAGGGGAGCGCUGCUCUGAAGCCACCCAGGGUGUACACAAUAACCAGAGAAGGCGGGAUGACUCUUGGGGGCCCCGGAAGCGAGGAGACUGUAGAGUUGGAGGUACUGAAGGGCCCCAGGGAGCACCCGGGCUCCCAACCCUCCAACCCCGCCAUCUACAGCCUGUCCUGCACCAGCCAGCCAGCAGCUACAGCCGCCCGAGGCAGCCACCACCGCGGUAGCCAUCAUCGCGCUAGCCAUCACCAUGCCAACCAGCAACAGGGGGGGCCCUCAUCAUCCUCAGAUCCUCUGCAGAGCUCAAGGAGUGCCAGCAACAUUGGUGACUGGGGGAUAAGGAGAGGCGGCUCCAGGGAGGAGUACAGCCCAGACUGCGUGGCCUGUAUCCGAGCCCCGUGCCAAAGCCAGAGGUCACUGGACCUGGACACCUCACCACGGGACGGAGGGAAGCCCCGCAAGAAGCUGGAGAGGGUGUACAGCGAGGACAGGACGUCCACUGACGACAGGGAGGACGGCUCUAAUAGCUGGUUCCCCAAGGAGAACAUGUUCAGCUUCCAGACAGCCACCACCACCAUGCAGGCCAUAUCGGCUUUUCGUGGCAUUGCUGAGCGAAAGAGACAGAAAAGAGAGCAGGAGACAGCCACCGUGAUGGAGAGAAAUUUCCGUAAACACCUCAGGAUGGUUGGCAGUCGCAGGGUGAAGGUCCAAACCUUCGUCGACCGCCGAGCCAAGAGCUUCAGCCGUUCAUGGAGUGAUCCCACCCCCGUCAAGCCCGAGUCUAUUCAUGACUCCAGAGACAGUGGCGAGCUUCAGACCUCCUCAGGGACUCUAGAUGAAGGGCUUGAUGAGGAUGCUGACUGGGAGGAGGAGAGGGGUCUGGAGAGGGCGGCCUGCGAAGGAGACGAUUUCAUCCCGCCAAAAAUCAUGCUCAUUUCCUCCAAGGUACCGAAGGCCGAGUAUGUUCCCAACAUCAUCCGCAGGGACGACCCCUCCAUCAUCCCUAUUCUAUAUGACCAUGAGCACGCCACCUUCGAUGACAUCCUUGAAGAGAUAGAGAAGAAGCUGACAGCCUACAGGAAGGGCUGCCGGAUCUGGAACAUGCUGAUUUUCUGCCAGGGGGGUCCGGGUCAUCUCUACCUGCUGAAGAAUAAAGUGGCCACCUUCGCCAAGGUGGAGAAGGAGGACGACAUGGUGCAGUUCUGGCGGCGCCUCAGCAGGCUGAUGAGCAAACUGAACCCGGAGCCCAACCUGAUCCACAUCAUGGGUUGUUAUGUGCUGGGAAGCGCUAAUGGAGAGAAGCUUAUCCAGACUUUGAAGAGGCUGAUGAGGCCGUUGUCUGUUGAAUUCAAGUCUCCACUAGAGCUGUCAGCCCAAGGCAAAGAGAUGAUCGAGAUGUACUUCGACUUCCGCCUGUACCGCCUUUGGAAAAGCCGUCAGCACUCCAAGCUGCUGGACUACGAUGACCUCUUGUGACCUCACCGACUCAACUUCGGGCUUGUCAGCCGGCUAUAGCGAGUCUGAGCCUACUGUUGCCCAGUGACAGGGCGUUUGGAUCCCGGGGGGCCCCUGCCCUCUUGGUUGGCCCGCGGGCCUCUGGCUCUGCAGCAGAGCUGGAGCAGCAGCGGCGCAGUAGGGUGUCUUUUUUGUUUUCCUCUCUAGAACCUUCAGAAAAGGCAGAAUGUGGCCUGGUAGAAACACCCAGCAGGUCGGGGUUUUUUUUUUAACUCUUACCUAUUUUCACUGUCUGCCUGACUCUGGGGGAUCAGAGGAGGAAGCGGACAGGAAGCAGGAGGAGCAGCGAACCUAAAUGUGUCAGUGAUGCUGAAGGACUGACAGCAGACAACAGAGAGAUCUCCAUGUACACUUUAGAGCAAAGCUUUUUUUCCCCCUUGCCUUGCCUUUAGUAAAACUACUCGGCUCUUUUAAGACUGAGACUUUUAAGAAAAAGGUUUAGUCGUUCUUUUUCAUGUGAUAAAGCUUUUUACUAAAGGAAGCAGAGCUUAUAUGUAAAUAAGUCAUCAAAGCAUCUUAGGAAUAGGUUUUCAACCUCUCUGUCUGUGGCAUUGCAUUAAGAAACAGCUUUUAUUCAUACAAUACAUUUAGAUUUACAAAUUGAAUAAGCUGAAGCUUGUUUUUUUUUUUGGAGAUGAAACUUCCAGGUAAACGUGUUAGUAUUUCGUACAGACUGUUGUAUGAACUCAGGUGAAAUCUCUUAGACUUACUGUACAACUAACUGUAGAUCAGAAGUUGAAGGCCUUUUAUAAGCCACACAUCCUCAGUGGGACGUCGCGUCAUUUCUGCAGCUCAGAGACUUUUUGUUUGGCAUUCUCACCGAGUCGGCAGUAGCUGAACGCGUAGAUGCACCUGCGCGUGUUUGUCUGCCUGGCGGCGGUGUGCGGUAGGCAGAACCACUGAGGCGGUUUUAGCUGCUCUUUCUUGAAAUGCUGGCGCACAGAUGCCUUUUCUUACCACCUGUGUGUGUUUUAGCUGCAUGUGUUGUGCUCAAAGCGUGUUUCCCUUGGUAGCCUGUGAAGAUCUGCAGGUAGACAACCUUCAUAUGAAGUAGGUGAUGCAUAGACUUAUUAGUAUAUUUAGUUUAUUUUCAAUAUUUUUAGUAGUUUUUCAAAUUAUUAUUAUUAUUAUUAUUUUAAGAUUUAACUGAAAUCUUACAAAGUAGCAAUGAUUAGUAAAGGCAAUACUUAGUUUCUUCCUUUUCUUGUUUUUUGAUUGAAGUGUUCUGAGCUGUUCGACAGGAACACAGUAGGAUUUAAAAGGCGCCCUCUGGUGGUUCAGUGUUGCUCCCCCAGAGUUGGACUUUAACAUUCAUUGUAUUUCUUGGUGUCUUAUGAUGAGACUGGAGAUUUAUUGUUGUAUCAUACCUUUUGAGCAGAAAUGCCACUUUUUCUGGCAUUUUUUCAAACAAAUACAUGAAAACUAAAAUGUAUAAAAUUUAAAACAUUAGCUUAUAACUUUCAUUUGAAAGCAAGCAUCAUCCAUUAUUAUUGCUGCUUCAAUGACUCCACAUAUUAAUACAUUACUGCAGCUAUAAGGUCUGCUAUCUGUAAUUAUUUCUAGGCGUUUUGAUUUUUGCUAUACAGACACUCAUGUAAAGAAUGCUAAACACUCUGGUUAAAUCAGUUGGAGAUCUGGGCAUGUCAAGGAUGAAGAUUCAAUUCAGUCUUGUUGGCUGAGAUUAAAGGUGACCCAGCAGGCUAUUUGAAAGAAUUUUGUGAUUCUUAUAAAAAUAUCUUUUUAACUCUGCUCUGCUGGUGUCUUUGCUCUAGUUCAGGGGUCUGCAACCUACGGCUCCGGAGCCACAAGUGGCUCUUUGCACUAGGAAUGCACCGAUGGUAAAGUUUGGGAUGAUACUGAUAUCUGACAUUAAUAUCGCUGUUUUGGCUGAUAACCGAUAUUUACCGAUAUUUUACAUCUAUAUAAAUAUAUGUAUUUCACUAUCCUUUCAACACUUUGAAAGAAAUGACCACAGCGCUGACUUAACUUCAGCUUAACUCCCCACAAUCCUUCACUGCAUGACUGUCUCUGUCACAUGUCCAAAGAAAUACUACAUGAUCAGCCUCCAGAAACCAGUGGCAAAAAGAUGGAAACAAACAUGGGUUGUUAAUAUCCCAUGUUUAUAUCGGUACAGUUUUACAUAUCAGACCCUUGUCAAUAUGUAAAAGAAAUAUAUAAAAAAACAUAUAUUUUUCAUCCCUACUUUGGACCUUCCACAGUGGCUCUUAAUAACUUUGGCUAUUGCAGACUACAGUGGAGUCCCGCCUAUUAGCAGUUUAGAAUUUGCCAAUUUUUCUUUGGAAUAUAACUGCAAAUUAUUUGCAUAAAAAUUAAUAUAUUCAUGGAUUUUUUUCAUCGAGCAUAUCUGAAAUGUUCUAAAGAAAAUGCAGCUUGGGAAGCCUGAAGACCUCGGCUACUUGACACGCUAUUGGCUGGAAUUUGCAAAGCAGCCAAUCCCAAAGCACCAUUCAUUUUCCUUGGUCUUGAUUGGCCGAACCCCCAAGAUGGUAGAGGAGGAAUGGUAAAUAAAUGGUAAAUGGACUGAACUUAUAUAGUGCUUUUCCAGUCAUUUUGACCACUCAAAGCUCUUUACACUAGACUCACAUUCACCCAGUUGCACUCACAAACACACACACAUUUAUACACCGAUAUGCAGAUCAGUAGGCAAAAAGGAAGACUGUAGAUAUUAACUUUUGCAGUUGUGCUAAAAUGGUUUCUGCUGUUCAUAUUUAUGCAUAUUAAGGUAUGUCUGGUGUUUUAACUAUUAUGUUAUCCAGAUACAUUCGCGUUUAGAGGGGCAAUGAUGUAUUUGUGGUUUUUAUCUAUUCCUGGGUAGCCGUGGCCCUUAACCCACACAAAUACUGGGGGUCCAUUGUUGUGUUUUUAACUAUAGACAUAAUAACAAAUGGAGAUGUUGGCAGUUUUUCUGUUUUGUCAUUGAAAAAUUUUGAAUUUUCACAACAGAAUGAUAAAAAACAUAAUUUAUCUUCCAAUCUAAUUUUCUUGUCAUUAGGUUUCUACAAUUAUUACCACAUUGAAGAAAAUGUAUUUGUCCUCUAUUGCCAAAGGAUUGUGUUUUUUAAUAUCAUUUUAUUUAAUUUUAAAGCUCAAAAACAGAAAUAAAUGGGUGGUUCUUCAAAAAUUAGAGUUUCAUUUAGGGAGCUGUUUCGUGGUUCUCAAUUGGUUUACGUCAAUGGACUGAAGACUUUUCUCCAGACCUUAUGAGGCCUUCAGAUGUCUUUAGAACGGCUCCAGAUAUUUAGAGUGUUCUGCUGCGAUUUACCCAUAGGAAGUUAUAUCAUUCAAAUAAAACUAAAUACCUCCCACUGUCAAUUUGAUCAGAAAUCAUAAUCAAUCACAUGCUGGAUUUGAACCACAAUAAGUAGAAAUAAGAUGUGACAUAAAACCUUAAAGGAAGAAAUAGUUGUAAUAAAUAGAAAGAAGUGGGAACAAACUGGUGAAGGAGUGACUGAAACAAAACACUUCAACAUUAUAUUUUGUUGUGAUUCUAAAUGUGUUGAAAUGUGCUUCAUGCACCGAGUAUUUACUAUUGUCAGCUGUUCUCCUCUUUACAAAGAAACAUUUUGGAGUCAAAGAAGUAGUCGAUGUUAUGCCUGCUGUAGUUCCUGGUUUGUUUUCAGUGUUUUCAUGAUGGCACACUUACGAGGAAGUUUUUUGAAAAUUGGAAAUAAAAAGAUUGUUUUUCUAGAAAACAAAAAAAGAAGUUCAUAAGAAAACAGCCUGAUGGGAAAUAGUAUGAAAAUAUAAAAGUUUGUCUUUCUUUCAUACCGAAGCCCUUCCUGUGCCUUCCUCUGACGACUAUGUAACAUCGUGAAAAAGCAGAGAACAGCUUGAUUUCGUCCAAUCAGGGCUUUUAGUUCAUACAUAGCUGCACAACUCAUCAGAUCGGUAGCAAAAAGUGCAAAAAGUCAUUUGUGUACUUUGUUUACCAAAACCACAAUAAAGAUGACAUCUUUAAAAACACACUGCUGUGUGAAACAAUGUUGCUGGGCUCCCUGAAUCAGCAGCGUUGGCAGUCCAACCUCCGACUAAACAACAAGCUGCCUCAGUGUUGCAGAGUGCUGAUUUGAAACUUCUACUUAAUUGGAGAAUUUUAAAGCUGCUGGUGCCGGUACUGAAUAACCAUGGAGUCAUGCAGGAUGAUUGACAUUUACAUUGCUUUGUAUGAAGGUUCUGCUGAGCUGGCUUUGUCCUCCAUUAUAUUUACCCUCCACUUCCCCUCUGAAAUUCUGCAGCUUCACACCAAAUAUAUUCUCACACAGAUACGAAAGGAAGGGCAGCAGCUUGAGACGUUUUUUGAGAUCUUUUUUUAAAAUUAUUUUUACCUCCUUCUCUGCUCUGUCAGAGAGUUGAGAAAUGCAGAGUAUUUCAGAUUGUUUCGGAGGAAGGGGAGUGAUUCCUCCUGACUUCACAUCCAUCCUUCUCAGCGCUCAAUAAAAGCCUCAGCGUCACAGUCGUGGAUGACCGGGUCCGUUCACAUCUAGUCAAGUCGUUGCCUCUUUCUGAUCUGUGCUGGUCGACUGAGCUGGAAGUGUUCAUGGCAGCACAUCAGGGACGUUUCCAGCUCCGCCUGCAGCUCACAGAUAACAGGCUCGGAUGCUAACACUCUUCGUCUCAAUGCGUCCACGAUAGCAUUAUCUCACACAUGUUUUCAUAAGGCCAAUAGUUUCAGUGAGGGCAAUAAUCGCAGCUGACAGCAGGAAGUUUUGCACUUUCCCCCAACAUGGUGGAGAAUUUCCUCCACCAUUUCCUCCACACACUGAAGCCCUUUAAGUGGAUGUACUUAUGGGGUGUUUUUGAAUUUUGUCCUCAGUUGUGAAACUUGACUCAUAUUUUUAUAUUUUUUCUUUGAUGUAAAGGAGGCACUGCAUUCACAUGGAAAAAUAAAGACCAUUUUACAUCGAAAUGUUAAGAAAAACGACACAGGAUGUCACUGCAGUGAGGAAACGUCAUAGAUGGAAUAUUUAUGCUGUAACAGGAUUUAUUUUCUCAUUGGCUCAACAACAUGGCAGAUAAAUUCAUACACUGAAGUGUUCAUUUAUGUUCAGAUCCAUAUUUUUCAUUUUGAAAGUGUUUGUAUUGGUCCAUCUGAUCGAGUUAAAAUAACACUUUUUUUUUACUCCUCCCCCCCUGGAGGAGUAAAAAAGACUCUCUUCUUUUUGUGGGCUCUAGUGUCCCUUAUACGAAAGUAGGCUGACAGGAAAGGGGAAGACA